AUGCCGUCGUUCAAGGCUUCCGACAUCCCCGACCUCUCUGGCCGCGUGGCCAUCGUGACGGGCGGCAACGCCGGUCUCGGAGCCUCUUCCUGCCUCGAGCUUGCGCGAAAUGGCGCCAAAGUGUACAUGGCGUCGCGCACCGAAUCCAAGGCGCGCGAUGCCAUCGAAAAGAUCAAGAAGGCGGUCCCCAAUGCCGACAUCCACUUCCUCCAGCUCGAUCUCACCGAGCUCGCGGCGGUACGCAAGGCUGCCGACGACUUCCUUGCGCAGGAAAAGCGUCUGGACAUCCUGCUCAACAAUGCCGGCGUCAUGGCGAUGCCAUACGAGUUCACCAAGGACGGCAUCGAGAUCCAGGUCGGCACCAACGUGGUGGGCCACUACCUCUUCACCAUGCUGCUGCUGCCCACGCUCUACAACACCUCCAAGCUGCCCGAGUACGCCAACCCGGACUCGCCCUCGGUGCGCAUCGUUCAGGUCUCGAGCAUGGGCCAUCUCGGCGCUGCGUCCGAUACGAGCUUCAAGGACCUCGAGGCGGUCAACAAGAAGCACUGGCCCGAAUUCAAGGGCACUUGGAACCGCUACGGCAAGAGCAAGCUCGGCAACAUCCUCAUUGCCAACGAGCUUGCCAAGCUGCUUCCCUCGGACGCGCGCAUCACCAAUCUCUCGAUUCACCCCGGUGUGGUAGCUACCGAGCUCCUCCGCGGACCGGUGGCAUCGUACGGCAAGAUCAUCAGCCUUGUCCAGCCUCUUUACAACAAGAUCGUCACAGCUCCCGAGGACGGCGCCCUCACCCAGCUCUACGCAUGCACCUCGCCCCAGGUCGACAAGCUCGGCCUCAACGGCGCCUACCUCGUGCCCGUCGCCAAGAAGGGCUCCAAGAGCAAACAGGCGCAGGACAAGGACGGCAAGCUGGCAGCCGAGCUGUUUGCCUUCUGCAACAAGUUUGUGAACGACAAGCUCGGCCUCGACCUCGCUGCCCACGUCCAGCCCGCCGGCGUCCAGCUUCCUCAGAGCCACCUCUAG